UUGAGGAGCCGCCGCUGCCGCUGCCGCCGCCGCCGCCGCCGCUUUGUUGUCGCCUCCUCCGGCUGAGGAAGCUCCCCGAGCGGGGGGAGCGGGGAGGAGGGGGUCGGCCGCCGCAGCCAUGGAGGCCAACUGGACCGCGUUCCUGUUCCAGGCCCAUGAAGCCUCCCACCACCAACAGCAGGCAGCACAGAACAGUCUGCUGCCCCUCCUGAGCUCUGCUGUGGAGCCCCCCGAUCAGAAACCAUUGCUUCCAAUACCAAUAACGCAGAAACCUCAGACUGCACCAGAAACAUUAAAAGAUACCAUUGGGAUUAAAAAAGAAAAACCCAAAACUUCAUUUGUGUGCACUUACUGCAGUAAAGCAUUCAGGGACAGCUAUCACCUGAGGCGCCACCAAUCCUGCCACACAGGGAUCAAGUUGGUGUCUCGGGCAAAGAAAACCCCCACUACGGUGGUUCCCCUUAUCUCUACCAUCGCUGGGGACAGCAGCCGAACUUCGUUGGUCUCAACCAUUGCAGGCAUCUUGUCAACAGUCACUACAUCUUCGUCGGGCACCAACCCCAGUAGCAGUGCCAGCACCACAGCUAUGCCUGUGACCCAGUCUGUCAAGAAACCCAGUAAGCCCGUCAAGAAGAACCAUGCUUGUGAGAUGUGUGGAAAGGCCUUCAGAGAUGUGUACCACCUCAACCGACACAAGCUCUCCCAUUCGGACGAAAAGCCCUUUGAGUGUCCUAUUUGUAAUCAGCGUUUCAAGAGGAAGGACCGGAUGACUUACCAUGUGAGGUCUCACGAAGGAGGCAUCACCAAACCCUAUACCUGCAGUGUUUGUGGGAAAGGCUUCUCGAGGCCUGACCACUUAAGCUGUCACGUAAAACAUGUUCAUUCAACAGAAAGACCCUUCAAAUGCCAAUUUUCCUCCCUCAUGCAGACAUGCACUGCUGCCUUUGCCACCAAAGACAGACUACGGACACACAUGGUGCGCCACGAAGGCAAGGUCUCAUGUAACAUCUGUGGGAAACUCCUGAGUGCAGCAUACAUCACCAGCCACUUAAAGACACAUGGGCAAAGCCAAAGUAUCAACUGUAACACGUGUAAACAAGGCAUCAGCAAAACAUGCAUGAGUGAAGAGACCAGCAGUCAGAAGCAGCAGCAGCAACAGCAGCAGCAGCAGCAGCAGCAACAUGUGACAAGCUGGCCAGGGAAGCAGGUAGAGACACUGAGACUGUGGGAAGAAGCUGUCAAAGCAAGAAAGAAAGAAGCUGCCAACCUGUGCCAAACCUCCACGGCUGCUACGACACCUGUGACUCUCACUACUCCAUUCAAUAUAACGUCCUCUGUGUCGUCUGGGACUAUGUCAAACCCAGUCACAGUGGCAGCUGCAAUGAGCAUGAGAAGUCCAGUAAAUGUUUCAAGUGCAGUUAACAUAACCAGCCCAAUGAAUAUAGGGCAUCCUGUAACUAUAACCAGUCCAUUAUCCAUGACCUCUCCUUUAACACUCACUACCCCAGUCAACCUCCCCACCCCUGUAACUGCCCCAGUGAAUAUAGCACACCCUGUCACCAUCACAUCUCCAAUGAACCUGCCCACACCUAUGACAUUAGCUGCUCCUCUCAAUAUAGCAAUGAGGCCUGUAGAAAGCAUGCCUUUCUUGCCCCAAGCUUUGCCUACAUCACCGCCUUGGUAAACAGUGUUAUGAAAUCAAAGUAUGGGUUCAAGUAAAUACUUACCAGCAAUUUACUUUUAGUUGAUUAAAGCAAAACACAAACCAUGAAAUUGGAAGAUUUUAUUACACUAGUUAAUAAGAGUGUAGUAGCAUUCUGCUCCAAUUUGGCUGGGUUUGUUCAAAGUAGGGUGUAUAUGUAACUUAUCACUGGACCAUUUUAGUCUAAUCAGAAAUUCCUUUUAGGUGACAGCAUUGCUUAAACAGCAUAGUAGUUGGCAAGAUGAAAUGCCAGAAUUAAAAACAGUCAUAAAAAGGCAAAACCCAUUUCAAAAUGCAAGGGAAAAGGCAGCAUUAUUGUUUCUAAUCCCAAGAAAUAAUUUUAUUCUAAACACUAGCAGAACUCAUACUUCUGUACAAAGUACAGGUAGCUGUUUUAACCUGAAGUUCUAAAUCCAGAUUGAGAGCUAGUGUAGAAUUGUCUGAGUUUUUUUUGUUUUUAUGACUAAAUAGAUGCAUUGUCAUAAUAAAAUGCAUUUCAGAGAAUAUGCAUUUUACCUUUGGGAAUAUGUUAAUUUUGAGCAGCAUUCCCUAUGGGAAAGGUGAUACCAGCUCUGAUAUGCAAAGCAUAUGAUAAUUUAUCAUUCUAACUUCAACAUAUAAUAGGGAUUGUGACCUGAUAUUUGGAGAUGUAAAUAUUGCUCAGCAUAUUAAUCCUGAUGGAAAAUAGCAUUGUAGUUGACUUUUUUAAAAAAAAAAAAUUAAAAAAUACAAAUUGUGUUUUGAUAAAAAAAAAAAAAAAAAGCCACAACUGACAGAGGAGUCAGGUGUGUGAGCAGGCAGGCUUCUAACAGGCCAGUGGGACUCAUGUUCAGGAGCUAAGGCAUACUUUGGAACCGUUCAGAUAUUGCUUUAAAUUGGAAGACGUUGGAGGCACUGGGAUGUGAUAGGCCCCUCUCUCUCCCAAUCAGAGCCUGUUGAUGUUGCAAUAGGCACAAAUGUGUUAGAUGCUCACUAGAGUCUAUGUCUUAUAUGAAAUUGUAUACAGUUUUUAUUCUAACCACUAACUAGGUAGUAUGCCCCUUCAGAACAAGCAGAGUGUAUCUUUUUUUUUUCCUCCUUCUGUUUAAUCAAGUAUUGUGCAGAUUUGUUAAACUUUGUAAAUAUGGACAUCACCUUUUUUUUUCUUUGAGAAAACACUUGUAUCUGCUUUGUGGUGUUUUCAGGGAUGCAGCUGUCUGUACUCUACAUGGAAACCCAGUAAUGAUUGUGCACGGUGAGACAUGUGCUUUUUAUUUCUUAGCAGGAUGUUUUAUCCCUGUACAUAAGGUAGAAACCAAAACCUAGUGAAACAGAUACUCCACACCAUCAUGCCACACAUUCAUAUUUUCAAAGCAUUGUGUUGAAAAGUUAAAAUCAAGACACUGUAACUUUUAUUUUUUACAUUGCAAUAUGUUUUUGGUCUUUUUCAUUUGUUAAUCUUGCAGUUAAGAGAAGUGGAAAUUAGUUGUGUUAAUCCUGCAAAAUGCUUGCAGGACCAUCAAACUGGAUGACUUCCGUUUAUACCCCACUGUGUCAGUACAAACAUCAAAAUACUGAGGCAGACUUCCUACAUCAGGGACAGGUAUCUGUGUGUCAUUAUACAAAACAGUUCUAGGGGGUUGAACUACAUAGUGAGAAAAAAUGAAAUAAAUAGUACCUAGUGUAAAAUAAUUUUAUAAAUGAUCUUUUGUACUUUAGGACAUUAAAUUGUACAACUUUUGUAUAUAUUAAAGCUUAGGAACUUUCUGUGUAGCAGGAAGGCAACACAUUCCUACACUUUUAAUGUAUAUGUUUGUUAUAAUGUCCAUGUAAACAUGCCCUAUGUUUGUGCCUUUUAAUUAGUUUGUCUCAAUAAACAAAAUGUAGAGAAAAAUAUGUAGCUAUGACUUUGUGACAACAGUUCUUACCCACAUAACAAAAUGGUUUGUUUUAAUAUGUAGAGCAUCAUGUGUGGACUACUGGAAGGACUUGUAUAGGAAAGGCCCAGGAGUGGCCCUGCUGAGACCUGGUAUGGAAGGGAGGGCAGUGGCCAUAUGUGGAGGAAACCCACAUUUCUGGCAUGCAGACCCAAGGCUGGGUUUGGCUCUGCCUGCCAGACCCUGUCAUCUAUCUGGUGUGCUGGCAGUCAUGGUUCUUCAUGGUUCAUACAGCCCAGCCUCCCUCCACAGUGUUUCAGACAGCUAUUCUUCAUGGGGGGCAGGUGUGAGCCCUACCCCCAGGCUGCAGCGUGGCCAUCAGAAUCCCGAAAGUAUUAGUUCUUACAAGAAAAAAAAAAAAGGAUAUAUACUAGAAAUGAUUGUUUUAUAAUUGUAUAAUAAAAACAGGAGUGAGACUUCAUUGUAUGACUUCAGUUAAAAUGCUAUUUUGUAUGCAUUCUUUAUUCACUUAAGAAGCUUAUCUGCAAUAAUAAAGCCACGUCGUGUCUUUGGGGAGGGAGAGAGUUGAGGGCAGGAUGGAGAUGAGGGUGGGCCACUGCAGAGAGGGCACAGGCAGGUUGUGCACGAACUUCCCCGUGUCUUGGAUGUGAAAUUGAGUCGUGAUGCUGAUGAACUGACUCAACCAGGUGUGGAAGGCAUGGUGACCACCGCUCUACGGAAAGACAGAGUAUGUUUGUCCCUUUAUCAGAUUGGCAGCUAAACAGUUGUAUUAGAUAAUCCUCAAAUCUGACAUCCAGCCUGUUAUGCUCUAGGGCUGUCUGCUUGGCCUGCCUUUUUUGCCUUUUGUGUAUCCAUUUCCCUCCUAAGGUAUGCUCUUAAAUGAAGGUUUCUAUGUAAGCAGAUGAUGAUUUUACCUGUCAAUACCAGCACUGUAUUACUAACAUGCAAAAUACUGCAGAUUUAUUUUGACAAAUUAAAGUUAACCAGUCACAAAUA